AUGAAUAUAAAAAAAAAAAAGUCAAACAUUUAUAAUAAUAAAUUAAAUGAAAGUAAUGAAGAUAAGCUAAAUAACACAAAAUUAGUAAAUCUGAAAAAAAAAAAACAGAUAAAAUAUGGUGGCUUAGAAAAAAACAGUUCAAAAUGCGUUACUGUAGAAAAAAAUAAAGGAGAAAAAAGAACAGAGCAUAAAAAAAAAAAAAUUAGUAUUAAGAAUAAGGAAAUAAGUAAAAAAAAAAAAAAAAAAUUUAAAAAUGAAAACACAGUAACAAAACAAGCAGAAAAAGACUGGAACUGUGGUAGUGUGAUAGAAGAUAAUAACCAUAAAGAGAAAAAUGCAAUUGAAAUUAAAAAUUAUUAUAAUAGUGAUAAAAAUAAAGAAGUAAAUGUGAAUACUAAAAAAAAUAAAUAUGAUAUAAAGAAAAAUGAAAAGAAAAACAAAGAUAGAAAAAAAACUCACUCAAUGAAUGAUGUAGAUGAAGAAAAAAAAACCAUGAAAAAUAAAAUAAAUAAAAACAAGGAAACGAAUGAUGAAAACUUUAAAUUCUUAAAAAAAAAAAAAGUUGAAGGAAUGUCUAUUACAAAAGAUCUUCAUAAAGGAAAACAUUUAAGUUUAUAUGCAGAAAUAACAAAAAAAAACGAUCAGGAAAAGAGGCAGAAAAUUAAUCCAACUAAUAAUAAUAAUAAAUCUUCUAAAAAAUUAAAGAAUAAUGAAGAAACAUAUAAAAAAUGUAAUGAUACAUUUGAUAAUAAUUUAUAUGAUAAAGAAAUUAAAGAUAAAAAAAAUAAUAAUAGUUAUAAUAAUAUUAUUAUAAAUAAUAAUAAUAAUAAUAAUAAUAAUAAUAAUAAUAAUAAUAAUGUUAAUCCUUUUGACUAUGAGAAAUUAUUAGUAUCAAAAAAAAAUAAUAGUGCUAUUUGGAUAAGUUAUAUAGCAUACUAUUUACAAAAAAAUAAUUUAGAUGAUGCAAGAAAAAUAGCUGAAAGAGCUUUAAAAACUAUAGACAUACAAGAAGUUGAAGAAAAAUUAAAUAUUUAUUUAUGUUAUUUAAAUAUGGAAUGUGUUUAUGGAGAUAAUUUAUAUGAUGUAUUUAAAAGAGCAUUAUUAUGUAAUAAUGAAAAAUCUAUUUAUUUACACAUGAUCAACAUCUUAAAAGUAAAUAAUAAAUUAAUUCAAUUAAAAGAAAUUUGUGAGGAAGCUAUCAAAAAAUUUAAAUAUUCUAAGAAAAUAUGGUCAUGUUAUUUAGAAAUUUUACAUAAUACAUUUAAGGAUGAAGAAUAUGCUCAUGCUAUUCUAUUAAAAUCAUUGUACUCUUUGGAAAAAAGAAAACAUUUAAGUAUGAUUAUAAGUGCUGCACGUUUUGAAUAUAAAUAUUCUAAUAAAGAAAGAGGAAAAACAUACUUUGAAAAAUUAAUUCAGGAAUACCCAAAAAGAUCAGAUAUUUGGUUUACAUAUUUAGAUAUUCAUAUUAAUUCAUUAACAAGAAAUGAAAAAAAAGAAAAAAUUAAAUUAAAUAAGAAUGACACAGAAUUUAUUAGAAAUAUAUUUGAACGAUUUAUCUCAAUUAAAUAUAAGCCAAGAAUCAUGAAAAUGAUUUUUACAAAAUGGCUUCUAUUUGAAAAAAAUCAUGGAAAUUUGUAUAGUCAAAAACUAGUGCAACAAAAAGCAUAUGAAUACGUAGAAAGCUUAAAUGAAAUUAGUUGA